CGUAGUUUCUGAUCUAAGCAGAGGACCAGUCUCGAGUACGGGUGAAUGACACCGUUGACAAGCCUCACUUCACUUCUCACUGUGUGUGUGCGCUGGAUGGACGUGUUUGACGCUCACACUGGAUGAAGCUCAGCUCAGCUUUAAAACAAGUUCAGCUUUUCAACAUCGAUUUAUUCUGUGUCAUUGAGCCACAGAAACCAGUCCUGUGUGGAUAUAGCUCUGGAAUAUAAGGCGGAGUUUACCUCCAGCCGGGAAUCCCUGCAGCCGCGGCCGGACCAGAGCGCCUCAUUCUCGGGCAGCGGAGAGCGCAGAGCAGCGGGAAACUCUGAUUUACACAGCAGCACACACACAGGGGAGAUUUCUGAAGCGAUAAGAGUUCAUGUUUUAGGAUACCGAGAGACUGGGUUAGAGAGUAAGAGAGUCAGAGGGAGGGAGAGAGAGAGGGAGGAGGUCAGAUAUCUGCCCAAUCCCCAAACACCGCUCAAAAGGAAAAAACAAGAUCAUUUGCAGGAUAUUCUCACAGGAUGUGUAGAGGAGCAGAAGAAGAGGAGCAGAUGCUGGAGUGGAGGAGAUCAGGAGCAGCGCAGCACUGAGCAUCAUGGGGACGUGUCUCUGGAUACUGAUGCUCAUGGUGUCGCAGGUCUCACCGUACAGACGUCCAGCUGAGGAUUCACCCUGUCGAGUGCAUCAGGACGAUGUGGACUGCAGCAGUCUGAGUCUGAGACGGGUCCCGGCGCCGCUGCCCUCUAGUAUCCGCCUGCUGGAUCUGUCCCAAAACCUCCUGCAGAACCUGACCCUUCAGGAUCUGCCGUCCCGCUCCAGCCUCCGCCGUCUGGACCUGCAUCACAACCAGAUCCAGUUCCUGCAGCCGGGGCUCUUCCGGGACCUGCUGCAUCUGGAGGAUCUGGACCUGUCGGGGAACGCGCUGGACCUGUACGCCGCUCUGCACACCCCCCUCGGCCCGCUGCCGGCCCUGCGUCGCCUGGACCUCUCCGGUAACGGGCUCUUCACUGAUAUGAGUGAUUAUUUCCUGAGCGACGCCCCGGCCCUCACUAACCUCUCCUUAGAUGGAAACAGCAUCACCAAAAUCAGCAGAACCACAUUCAACGGCUCGCAGGCGCUCCAGAACAUUGACCUACACAACAACGUGAUUAUAGAGAUCGAGGAGGGAGCGUUUGAGUUCCUGACGGAGCUCUCUGAGCUGGAUCUGUCCGUCAACUCCAUUUCCUGCAUCACAGACUUCAACCUGGUUCAGCUCCGAACGCUGAACCUAAGCAGAAACAGCCUGACGAACUUCCAGAGCUUGGACAUGGAGGACGAGUUCCAGCUUCAGCAUCUGGACCUCAGGGAGAACAAGCUGCUCUACUUCCCUGUCCUGCCCCAGAGGAACAGACUGAUGUACCUGGAUCUGUCCAGAAACCUGCUGCGCAGCGUCAACUGCUCGGGUCCGCUGGAGGAGCUGGAGAGCCUGCGGGAGAGCGGGUAUCUGCUGACGGCUCACGAUAAACCGCUGACUCUGUGUGCCAAUGAGCGGCAGCAGGAGCUCGGCAGGCUGCUGUACCUGGACCUGAGCUUCAACCAGCUGAAGACGCUCUCGUCCUCCUUCUUCAGCAGCAUGGCUGCUCUGGAGAGCCUGAACAUCAGCAAUAACUGCCUGCAGAGCUUCAGCGUGGACUCUCUGCGCUCCCUGAAGACUCUGGACCUCAGCUUUAAUAACCUGCAGAACCUGUCCUUCAGCGGAGGCGCUCUGCCGGCGCUGGAGGUGCUGCUCCUGCAGGGAAACGCUCUCCAUCUGUUGGACGCUCAUAUAUUCUCCAGCCUCCCCAGCAUCCGCAGCCUCCACCUCCAGCAGAAUCUCCUCAGCAUCUGUGCCGACCCGCAGAUCUCCAGUGGAUGCGUGCAUCUCUCUGAUAUCCCAUCCCUCACCUACCUGUACCUUUCAGAGAACUCAUUAUCCUCCAUCCCUGAUGGAGCAUUUAAAGGAUCUCCCCUGCUCAUCCUGGAUUUAUCCCUGAACCCCGGCGUCGACAUCACCGCUGCGUCUCUGUCAGGUGUGGAGACGUCUCUAACUCAUCUCUCUCUGAGAGGAAACCAGCUGCAUUCGCUCAGCAUUGACUUCAGGGUCUUCCAGAAGCUGAGAUCUCUGGAUGUGUCGGUGAACCGUCUGUCAGGUGUGUCUCCGUGGAGCGAGGACUCAUCAGUGGAGAUCCUGAAUCUGCAGAAUAACCGUGUGGAGGCGCUGGGCUCCGCGCUGCUGCAGGGGCGGCUCAGGACGCUGUAUGUGGGCUGGAACCCGCUGAGCUGCUGCAGGAACCCGCAGCUCCUGGAUCUGCUGCAGCAGGAGCGUCUGCACGUGCCGGACCUCGCCGCCGCCACCUGCUGGUACAGUGGAGACGUGGAGCAGGUGGAGGUCAGUGUGAGCGCGGCGCUGCCCGAGCUCUGCUCGUCUGCGGACUCCAGAGUGCUGUGGGUCAGCCUGAUGGUGGCGCUGGCGCUGGGGCUGGCGCUGGUGCUGACCGUCAGCCUGAAGCUCUGCCACAGCAGAAAACACAGGUUCAAGAGAGGCUUCAAAGCUUGAGCUGAAAGAAGGAAAUAAACUCGCUCUCACCUGACUGUGGCUUUCAGUGUGUGACGCUCAGAGCGGAUCUGGAAACACACGUCACACCGCUAACACACACACACACACACACACACACACACACCAGUGCUGGGGGAAAGGUGUAUAUCACAAUAUUACGUCACUUACUUUAACGAUGGGUCACAGUGGCAGAGUGGGUAACACGAUCACCUCACAGCAAGAAGGUCGCUGGUUCGAGUCUUGACUAGGCCAGUUGGCAUUUCUGUGUGGAGUUUGCAUGUUCUUCCCGUGU